CGGGUUUUGCGCGCAACGCACCUCAAGUUGGUCCGAAACCUUAGCGUGAAGUUUGUGUACAUCGUGCAAAUACGUGCACCCCGGUUCCCGUCGUUCAUUCUUUCGUCUUCUAGAACCGGUGUCACGAUGGUGUCCGGCACGGCAAGCGAACCGACGCCGGUGACGACGACCGCGACGGUGUUCUACGGUACGCUGGCGUUCCUGCUGUUCGUACCGCUCCUCCGAUGGCUAAUCGGGCGUGCCCGGAUGAGCCAGAUUUACGACAAGAUACCCGGCCCCAGGGCGUACCCGUUCGUCGGCACGAUGUACUUGUUCUUCGGCAAAAAGCCACACGAGAUCUUCACGUUGAUCGAUCAAAGAACGCGUCGCUACGACGGCAUCCAUCGCAUCUGGGUCGGAAUGACGCCGGAGGUGCGGUUGAGCAAGGCGGAAUACGUCGAGCAGAUCAUCGGUGCCAGCAAGCACAUCGAGAAGUCAAACAUGUAUCGGUUCCUCGGUGACUGGCUCGGUGAAGGACUACUCACGUCCAAGGGUGACCGAUGGUUUCGCCACCGCAAGCUAAUAACACCUACGUUUCACUUCAACAUACUGGACGGGUUCUGCGAGGUGUUUGCGGAGAACGGUGCCAUCCUGGUCGAGCGAUUGCGGGUCCACGCCGACACCGGUGCACCAGUCAACGUCUAUCCGUUCAUCACGAAGGCAGCGCUGGACAUUAUUUGUGAAACCGCCAUGGGUGUGAAGGUGCACGCACAAACCAACGAGGAAGAUAACGCGUACGUGGAUGCGGUCUACGAGCUUAGUUCUCUGUUCAUGGGCCGCGUCGUUCGUCCGUGGUUGCAUCCGAAUUGGACCUUCAACCGUUCCAGCUUCGGUCGGAAGCAGCGGGCCCUGCUGGAGGUCCUGCAUGGCUACACGCGAAAGGUCAUCCAGGAGCGUAAGAAGACCCUGCUGGAGGGAAACACCGGCGUGGAAAGCAAUCAUUUAACGGAAAAUGAGUUCGGGCGCAGGAAACGAUUGGCCUUCCUCGAUCUGCUGCUUCAAAGCGUCUCCACCAGUGGGCUGCUUUCCGACGAAGACGUCCGGGAGGAGGUCGAUACGUUUAUGUUCGAAGGACACGACACGACCACCGCCGGCAUUAGCUGGGCGCUCUUUCUGCUCGCGCUCCACCCGGAAGUGCAGGAGCAGGUCCAUCAGGAAAUUGAUUCCAUUUUCCCGGACGGCAGCGACCGGCCGGCGACGAUGCAGGACCUGAACGAGAUGAAGCUGCUCGAGCGGUGCCUCAAGGAAACGCUCCGCCUUUACCCCUCGGUCGCCAUCUUCGGGCGGACGCUCAGCGAAGACGUCACCCUCGGCGGGUACCACGUUCCCGCCAGCACCAUCGUCGGCAUUCACACGUACAACGUCCACCGGGACGAACGGUUUUUCCCCGACGCGGAAACGUUCGAUCCGGAUCGCUUCCUGCCGGAAAACUGCGAACACCGGCACCCGUACGCGUACAUCCCGUUCAGUGCCGGGCCGAGGAACUGUAUCGGCCAGAAGUUUGCGCUGCUCGAGGAGAAGUCUAUCGUAUCGGCCAUCCUGCGCCGCUACCGGAUCCGCUCCCAUCGCACCCGCACCGAGCAGCUGAUCGUGAACGAGCUAAUCACUCGACCGAAAGAUGGCAUUCUGCUCUUCCUGGAGUCGCGGAAGUAGCCGGUGCACGAAUUAAAUCGCAGCGGAAAGCGACAGCUUUAAGCGGGGCCCCGGCUAACUAUCGGCCCACACGGCGCUGCAAAUCCGAUAAUCCAGCCGGCAUUAAGCAAAUAAAAUAUUCAGCUUGCCA